GUGGCCGAGGAUGGGGAGCUCCUGGAAGGAGCGCGGGAGACCGGCUCGGCGGUUCGGGGACCGCGGCUGAUGAGGGGAAGUUGAAAGAAUCGGGCGUGUGAAGUCUAGCGGAGAGACAGCUGGUGCGGGGGGGUGGGUUUGGUGAUCAGCUCUCCUCCACCAGGGUAGGACGGGAAGGCCUGGGAUGUUUUUAAGACCAGGUUGGGGCACAGACCCCCUCCCUGGGACAAGCAAGGGUCGUUUAUGCGACGAAGUGGGAACGUUUGGGUGAAGCCGGCCCGUGCCUCAGUUUCCCUCCUGUACGCUACACGGCGACCAAGAGACACAGGCGGGCAGGACAAACAGAGCCGCUGAGGACCUGGCCAAAACCGACUCGGCUCAACGCAAGGGGGGGCCCCAGAGAGACGCCUCUGUGGCCUGGCUCCAGGGGCUGGGGGGCGGGACUGACAAAACCCUGGCAGAAAUUGGGGGGAGGGGUGGGCCUACGCGUCGCCUCGGCAUGGGGGCCUGCGUGACCCAGGGAGUCCGAGCCGAUGGUCGCAGCGGUUCCCUGUCCACCUGGACCAAGCCACGCCGGGGAGGCCCAAACCGGCCACCAACAACCGCCGCUCCGGACUUUGCUGCCAAAUUAGCUGGCUGCCAAAUCAAGAGGCGGACACUUGGGGUGGGAAAAUACCCGGCCCACGGCACAGACGCGAGGACGUCCAUCCAUCCUCCCGCCCGCGGCCGUACCGGAAGGCAGUGGCAACGUGCGGUCGACCCAAGGCAGCUCGUGGCGACCCGACUCUGGAAGCGUCGACCCAUACAUUUCGUUCCCGGCGCUCCCCCGCCCCCUCUCCGAGCAGCGUAGACGCGCAGCCGAGGAAGCUAAUUCGACCCCCGGGCCCUGCUGAUGCCGCACGGCUCCCGGCAACGGCGACCGGCUGUCGGGAGCCGUCCCACCGUGCCCCCUGCAGGAAUCACGUUGCGGAGACGGCAUUACUGCAUGUCGACGUAAGGUAGGUCAGCCUCACGUGGUAGCAUAGACGUGGCCCAAGACAGUCGCUGACUUCUCCAUGGGCAUCAAGUCCUCUCCAAAGCCUACAUCACGAGAAGACCUCUUGGCACCUUAAUUAUGGCUAAUAUUUGUCUUGUCUUUGAGGGCCAAACCCAACAACCAAGAGAAAGCAGCAGGAUGCGGUAAGAUUUCCGGCCUUAUGCGGGAACCGGUUGCGUUGGGAGAACGGUGGAAGACGCCAACGGGAAAACCGAGCGACAAGACCAACGGGGAUGACCAGAGGCAAGCCUACCAUGAGCGCCACGAAGAGUUGGAAGAUCUAGGAAGCAGAGUGAGGAACCAGUCUUGGGGGAGGUCGGUUGCGUUGGCGAAGAGGGACGCUAAAGGUUUUAUCAGGAGAAACCUCACCCACCUACUGGAGAGCCGCUUCGAGGUCCAUCUGAGCUUGAAUCAAGAGCGAAGGCCGUCUUCACUAGGAUUGUCCAAGUCUAUGCUGCCGCCGAGAGCCAUCGAUGCUCAUGACUGCACGGGAAAAGAUUUGCUCCUUUGGAAGGGCACCAAAAGCGUCCUCAAAAAGCCCGCCGCUCGCGGAAAGAAAGCGCAUGAUGGAGGAGCCCGGGAACUCCUCCUCUUGGGACGAUACAAUCAACGCAGGACUGGAAAGACAAGGAGCCAGGCCCGUAAUGAAAGGAGAUUGGCUCCGGGUAUGGAUGUUUGCUCCAAAUCAAGUGUGGAGAAUUUUUAACUCACGUUCAUUUGUCUGAAUUCGCUCUCCCCCCCACCCCGCCCCCGGUCACGGUACCGCCACCGAUCGGCUCCUCGGGAAUUUCCAAGCCGCUGGUUCAGUGAGGCCCGAUGGAAGGUCUCCUCCCUGCCUCACGGGGGGCAGGAGCUGGAAAGGGGGGAUGCAGGGAUUUGCACCAUGACCGCGGGGAGCUGGUGGAAGUAGCGGGCGGGUGGAAGUAGCACGUAGACGGGUGUGGGGGACCGGACGGACAGACGGGAGGAUGGGCGUGUGUGGGGUUCGGUGGAUGGAUGGAUGGAGGGAGGGAGGGGUGGAAGGAGGGAGUGUGUAGGGAUGGAGGCUGGGAUGGAGGAGUGUGGGGGGAUGGAUGGAGGGAUGGAUGGAGGGAGGGGUCCCUCUGUCUCACAACCGUCUCCCCCACCCAGGGCUCUGUGCUUUGCCGUUGUUACUGCUGGGACUCGCUGCACUAACUUGCCCCUCCCCGCUGCACCCCAUUUGCGAUGCUCGAGUCAUGGAGAAAUUCAUCAAGGAGGCCAGAGACACUGAGAACGCCAUGGUACGUUCCCACCCACGUCAGCCCCAAGGGAGGGGUCCCCGGGUCACCCGCCCCCCUGCCCCAGAGGUGGCCGCGUCUCGGUGCCGGGCGAGGGGUCCCCGGCUCCCCGGCCGCCCCGCCCCAGAGGUGGCCGCAUCUCAGCGCCGGGCCAGGGGUCCCCGGGUCACCCGCCGCCCCGCCCCAGAGGUGGCCGCUUCCCGGCGCCGGGCGAGGGGUCCCCGAAGAACCAGCUCCAUGGUGUCAGGCGGUUUGGUCUCGUUACAGGAAGGUUGUACAAAUUCUUGCAACUUAUCAGAAGUUCUCACGGUGCCCGACACGAAAGUUAAUUUUAACGAGUGGAAGAAAAUGGACAGGCAGACGCAGGCGGCGGAGGUGUGGGGGGGGCAGGCCCUACUCUCGGCCGCCGUGCUCCGGGCCCGGGACCUGGUCCCCGACCCGUCCCUGAGCCAGCAGCUGGGCCGCACCUACAGCAACCUGCGCGGCGUCACCCAGAUCCUGCGCAGCCACAACGCCCAGGUGGAGCCGGCCCUGCCCCCAGCCCCGCCCCCCACCCUCGGCAUCCAGACUCUGGCCAAACUCCUCAGCGUCCACUCCAACUUCCUGCGGGGGCGGGUCAAGCUGUUCCUGACGGACGCCUGCCGGCCCGACACCAGGUGAGGGGCUCCCGCCCAGCCCCGACCACCACAGCACUCCGCCCUCUCCCCCCCUCAGAACCUUCCUGGCGGCAGAUGAUUGACAGCCACCAAUCAUCCGCCCACCGGACAGCCGACAUGGAGCCUCAGGAAAAUCUCACUCAGUGACUGACAGCUGUCAAUCAUCCCAGAAUCCUGGCUUACAGCAAGGAAGAGGGGGGUUUAAACUUUGAUGGGUGACUGACAGCUGUCAAUCAGCCCCCAAACCAGACUGCCUGGACUGUCGCCAUGACAUCAGAGGAGAAAUACGAGGAUGACUGACAGCUGUCCAUCAGCCCUGGCACGGCUCGACGCACCGACUGGAUCUCCCCAACACCCAGCGGGAAAUUACAUCAGUGGAACUGACAGCUGUCUGUCUCUGAAGACUAGUAUCCGGGGGUGGGGUGGGCAGGUGAGGAGUCCGUGCAUAACCAGCCGCCCCGCCCCAGAGGUGGCCGCAUCUCGGCGCCGGGCGAGGGGUCCCCGUGUCACCAGCCGCCCCACCCCAGAGGUGGCCGCAUCUCAGCGCCGGGCGAGGGGUCCCCGUGUUACCAGCCGCCCCACCCCACAGGUGGCCGCAUCUCGGCGCCGGGCGAGGGGUCCCUGGGGCGCCCGCCGCCCCGCCCCAGAGGUGGCCGCAUCUCACUGCCGGGCGAGGGGUCCCCGGGUCACCAGCCGCCCCACCCCAGAGGUGGCCGCAUCUCACUGCCGGGCGAGGAGUCCCCGUGUCACCAGCCGCCCCGCCCCAGAGGUGGCCGCAUCUCGGCGCCGGGCAUGGGGUCCCCGUGUCACCAGCCGCCCCGCCCCAGAGGUGGCCGCAUCUCGGCGCCAGGCGAGGGGUCCCCGGGUCACCAGCCGCCCCGCCCCAGAGGUGGCCGCAUCUCAGCGCCGGGCGAGGGGUCCCCGUGUCACCAGCCGCCCCGCCCCAGAGGUGGCCGCAUCGCAGGGCCACUGGAGAAGGGGGACUGGGCUCGCUGACGGCUGACGAUCCCCCGGACGCGUAGGGAGCCUGGACACACAAAUCUCUCAGCACUGUUUGAAACAGCGACACGGCCAGAGACUCGGAGGCCGACGCGGCGGGGGCCACAGAGUUUAUAUUUGAUGUUAAGUUAAGGUGGAAACUAUUUCGUGUCUGUCUCGUCUCUGCUAAGGGAGGGAGAGGCUGGGGUAGAGGGGCCUGUCCCGUCUGUGGGGACGCCUGCUCCCCUCCAGCCCCAGGCCGGGGAGUGGCUGGCUCGGGGGGGCGGGGAAUCGGGCCCGGGGCCCGUUAGCAAGGCAGCAAGAUGGACUUGGGAACGAACUGGCAGGACUCCUGGGUUCUCUCCCCGGCUCUGGGAGGGGAGCGGGAGCUGGUGGUUUGGAGAGGGGGGCUGGGAGCCAGGACUCCUGGGUUCUCUCCCAUGGUAUCACCCAUUGAGCCCUACUUGCCCUCCUGGGUGUCCCUGUGUUUGGCAAAAGAUGGUUUCAAUCCCCCCCCCCCGGACACACACAUAGGAUCAAA